AAAUCCUCCAUGUUCGCUACAGCUGCGCCUUGUUUCAUUCUCACCGUUUCGCACAUAUGAUUACUUAUCGCUCUCACGCAACUGCCGCGUCGCGUUUUUGUGUCGCAAGUUGCGUGGGUAACCUAGCGCAAGCACUUUUUUUCACGCGGAAUUAAUCGGAAAAGUGUACAGGAGGGGGUGCGGAAUAUCUUACUUAUACUUUGUUCGCUGACUUGGCGUAUUUGCAGUAAGCGUACGUUCGCUUGCAACGCAGAAGCUUGUUUAUUGGGCAGCCGCAGCCUUGCCAGUUGUAGAUGCUUUUGCUAACACGCCAACAAAAUAACUUUGCACGCGUAUCUCGUGGUAACACUAUGGACAACAGAAUAGAUAAUUUUCAACUGAUAGCCGAAGUCUUUAAGCGACAGGCUCUGUGGGACACACAAAUUUCAAUGACAAGCCGCAAGGACAUAUGUGGGUUGCAAUGGCAAGAAGUUGCAGACAUCAUGAACAUGGACGUUACUGCAUGCCGGAAACGUUUCAAAAGCUUGCGUGAUUGCUAUCGCAAUGAAAUACGAAAAAUACAAAGAGGUCGUAUGGAUACGUCGAACUGGCCCUACUUCCGCGCUCUGGAGUUUUUGCGCCGAAUUUUUGACCCGGAGAAUUUGGUUCAGUUUCCCGUGCAAGCAUUUCAACUUGAUACAACGCAUACGGAAUUUAUAGAUGAUUUUAUUGUGGAUGUACAAAGUGAUGAUUCACUUGCCUUCGAUGUUAUGGACGACAUAUUUCAACGCGGUUCGCCGCGAAAUGCAGAGGUGGAAAUGGCGUCCAUCAAGAAACGCCUCGAAAUGGACAUGAAUUCGACAGUUAAUACAGUUCCUAAUACAUCAGGAAUUGAGACGUCAUACAUUGCCGCAGACAGGCCACCCCCACCAAAACGUGGGCGAAAGAGUAAGUCCUUGUCGCCGAAUGACGAACCAUUGAACACUGCUCAGACCACUGCCACGAAUGGUGCACUCUUGCCGGAGGCAGCAUCCAAAGGUGAUGCCGACUACAAUUUCCUAAUAAGCUUGCUGCCACAUUUGAAGUCACUCUCGGAUAUGGGUAACCUAAAAUUUCGUUUGGAAACGAGUCGUAUUUUGAUGGAUUUAAAGCGCGAAGAUAUCCAAGAUGCGAAAACCCCUCGAGAAAUCCAUGCAGACACCCCAACUGGGCCCGUUAUGCCAAGGUUGAUACCCGCUCCGGCUGCAAACUACGCUCGCUGUGCAGACGGGGGAAAAUAUACUUUGGGUAGUUGCUAUGAAGAAACCUCUCCGCUUAUGGUCGAAUGUGAUGUUAAGAUAGAAAACGAAGCUUUGUACAAGGAUUGAAAAAGAUGUUAGAUUAUGUAUCAAGUACAUAUAAUUAUUUUGACUUAAAAUCGCCUAGAGAAUAGAUGUAAUCCAAUUCUUCUUAUUAUUAAACAAUAAAUUAUAAUCUUCAAUAUUUUGUGUGUAAAUAAUGGAAGUCGCUAAUAAUCAUACUUGACCAUAGUUUAAAAGCACUUCGAAUAUACUGAUAAAUUUACGAAUCAGUUAGAUUUGUUAUCUAAUUACUUAUAAGUUUAAAAAAGAUUACUGUUUAAGAGCUUGUUAGAAAUUAAUGAUUGCCGAAUUUGUUCUACCAUUAAACUUUUAUUGAAAUACCAAAUUGAUAAAAUUUCUGUCGACCAAA